AUGAAGAAGAAAAAUUACUUCUCUAGUGAACCACCUGUGAACAUUUUAAAUUACCUGAACAAUGACGACAUCCGGAAGCAAAAUUGGGACGAGGUUCUGAGCGAAAAUGAGAAAGAGAUAUUUACAUCUUACAUUCCAAGGAAUCAAGAGAAUAUAAGUUUGCCAAAAAGUUUGCAUGAACAUGUGAUAAUUGAAUAUACGGCUAUGUUUGCAAAUUGGGAAGGAGACAUAGUAGAAUUUUAUUUAAAACUAAACAAUGAUAUUUUAAUAGAAUUUCCAUUUUUACAUGUAGACCAUCCGUUACAUGCAUAUUAUCAACUUGUCAAGGAGAAUACGAGAAAUCGAAUAACUGACAAGUACGAAAAUUUAAUUCCUGCCCCUUUAAGGGGUCUAUUUGAAUAUGUACGUCAAAUGGAAAAUGCAAAAGUAACUAAUAAUGAAAUAAAAGCGAAACUUUUACGGGAAAAACAACAAAUUAGUAUGAAAGAUGCAAAUGAAAAGAAAAUUAAACAACUAGAAAUGGAAAAACAAAAAAAGAAACAAACAGAGGAUCAAUCCUACUCAACACUUUUUAUGCAAUAUAUGGAAUCGGAUGAAGACGUGAAAGAAAAUCCAGCUGAUGUGGAAGAAAAGCCAGCUGAGGUGAAAGAAAAUCCAGCUGAUGAGAUGAAAAAUCUGAUUUGCAAAAUUCUGAAUUCGAAAAAGGAAUUUCCCAUAUAUUUAGCAAAAUGUUUUUUACAUUGUAUAGAAAAACUCAAGUACCUACAGUAUGGAUCGAAGGAAUAUUCAUACUUCUAUGAACAAAUAAUGUUAGGAUCCUCUUUCCCAUAUGGGCAUCCAACAAAUGUUACAUCAGCAGAUUUUCUAAAUCUUAUUUUUCUUCUGGAUGAAAAGAAAAGUGUCAAUUCAAAUGCUCCUACUGGAAGAACGAAUGAAGAUCAUGCGGCUGAAAAAAAGGACAACGUUAAAAUGAUACAGGAUUGUAGAAGAGAGCGCGCCAAAAUGAUACUUCAUGGAUUUAAAAAAAAGUAA